UGGGAACAAUUUGUACGUUCUGCCGCCUUACCUUUAGGAUGAAUUUUGAAUGACAAAAACGUAUUGUUAUUUUUUCCCAAAUUGAAUCGAAGCAUGAAUUAUACACAACGGAAUGUAGCCGUAAGCCGUAAACAUUUACUGUGUAUAUAUGGACGGCUCAGCAAGUUUGGAACUCGAUCGUCACGUACCGUCUAAGCACAUGCAUGAGCGAGUACGCACUCGCAACACUGAGUCGAGCUAAAAAACCGGCUUUUCGCCAACAGAAUGCCAGCAGCAACAUAAUCGUAAAAUUACCAGCAGUGUUCGGUGUUUGGACAAAAAUUCAUUAACUACACAAUUAUUGAUGUUUGUUAAAUGUGGAACCUUCGGGGAUUUCGUUAUUGUUAUAUUACUGUUGGAGGAUACAUGUACAUGCAGUCGGGUGUUUCAACUGUUUGAUCAUUCUACCUGAUGCACGUUUACAAGGACCCAUAUGUCUGCGAAUCCGCCCGUAGUCUGCGGAUUUAAUCAUGGAUCCGGAUGAAGAUCUCGAAUAUUCCUUGGCUUCCGGUCGGGCUUCGUCUUCUCUUUCGAAAUCAUACUCAGGUGCUUCCGUGGGGGAGCACUCCACAGAUUGGGGGGAUGAGCCCAUUUAUCGAGAGGAGGAUUUUAAAAGCAAUAUAAGAUCUUUGCAAAAUGAGCAGGAACGCGUCCAGAAGCGUACCUUUACAAACUGGAUCAACUCCCACUUGGCACAUCAUCCAAGUCGGCGAGUUGUCCACGAUUUGUAUUCGGACAUCCGAGAUGGCAAGUCACUGCUAGCGCUGCUGGAAGUACUUUCUGGAGACCACUUGCCGUGCGAACCGGCUAGACGAUACAGUCGCGCGCACUAUCUCGUGAAUGUUGAGAAAGCGCUGUCAUACUUGCGAUACAGACAAGUACGGCUUGUCAACAUCCACGAGAGCGAUGUCGUAGACGGCAACCAUGUUGUGAUAUUGGGUCUCAUCUGGUCGAUUAUCUUGCACUUCCAGAUCAAUUUCGAUAUACCUGUCAUACAUGAGUCGCUUGUCAGUGCCGAAGCGACACCGACAUCGAGCGGACGGCGAUCAGCUGUUUCGACCGAGUCUGCCGGAACACCGCGUAGUCCGCGCUCACGUGCCGCUCAAAAGGGAUUCUUUCAUUUGGGUGCCGCUACAACAAUACUGCGGUGGUGUAAAAAAGAAAUCGAAGAGCGCUAUGGAAUUCCUGUGACAAACCUUACGACAAGCUGGCAAAACGGAAUGGCCUUUCUUGCAUUGGUAAAACUGCUUGAUUCUAAUUUAAUAAACUUAUGCGAGUUUAGAGAUGCACCGUCCGCUAUUCGUCUCGAAACUGCUUUCCGAAUGGCCGAGGACCAUCUUGGAAUACCGCGUCUACUUGACGUUUCCGACCUUGAAGUCGAACGGCCCGACGAAAGAAGUGUGAUGAUUUAUGUUUCGGAAUUUAUCAGAAGAUAUCCCCAGGCCAAAGAGAAACGGCGGCAAGAAGAGCAAGCCAGCGAAGCCAACGAACAAGCUGAAUUCGAGCGCCUAAAAGAAUGGUGUUUGGAUACAAUCGUUUCACUGCGUUGUUCAGAAAUUCCGAUUUAUCCGACGCCCAGUUAUUAUGAGGAAUACCAGACAUACCAACGCGAGCUGCGAAACCGCGCUAUUUCGUACAUGCGUCUCAAAGAAUUGUUUACGGAAGGUCGCUGUGUGAUGUUGACUGAAGAAAACUUCCAGGAAAUGGAUGCGGUAUGGGUUAAACUGAUUGCGGAAAAGCAUCAGUGGCACCGAACACUGUUCGAUAAACUUGAUGGGAGGGAGCGGGAAAUUUGCGUUCAGUUUGACAAGAUUGAGAAUUCUAUUUAUGACGCUGUGCUGCAACCGUCCAUGCGGAUACCAUCCUUUCGAAGGACUGAUCUCGAAUUCAAACUUGCCAAAUACGAGGAGCUCAAAACGGAAUUACGAUUAGUGAGCGAUUUAUUAUAUGACAUGGAUCUUAAUGAAGAGUUGUCGGAGGAAUUCAAAGCGCACAAUUUAAUUGACGCGGUAUCAUCCACAUGGAAAUACCUGCAUCAACGUUGGCUGGAAGAAAAAUGCAAGCUUUUAGUAUUUCGUAAGAUGGAAAUGGUCAAAGAAUGGGAGACGAGGAUAGCGCGGUGGAAGACGCAAUCCAUGCAACACACAACGCAGCAGCAGAGCAAAUGGCGCGAACGCUUGGAACAGGAAUACCGGGUGCACGUGGUGCAUCAGGGCGUGCAUGGGAAAUACACGGAUUUAUCGAGAGCGUUGAAUGAUUAUUUAUCGCAGUUUGUUGAUGGCAACGACGUGCAAUGGUGGCACACGGAAUUAUUGCAGAAAGCAUCUUUUGUUGAUCAGAGAUGGGAGAAGAUUUGCGAAGCCUUGGAAUGGUUCAAGAAAGUGGUUCUGAUGCAGGAGAAGCAACAUACUGUUGACGUAGCAUACGGUCAACCGGAUGCACAUAGUGCACAGGCUCGGAUCGCGGAAGGGUCCAGCGUUCAUCGAAGACCGCUUAGUGCCAAUUCAUGGCGCGAAUAUGCCGUUAAGGUGGCGUCCUUUCAGUCUUCGCUAAACGAACUGGAAAAGCAAGUGCUUUCCGAAGAUCAAUUUGCAUCCAAAAGCUUCCAGGACAAACACACUAUGCUUCUCCUAAUCCAGAAGUUACGGGAACAGAUGAACCAAAAUCAAAGGGAGAUUGAUGACGUCCUGACUGCAAUGUCGAGGGAUUCUGGGAGCAUCCUUGCCGAGACAAAACCAGAAGAAGAGAGAAAAUUAGCUACGUUAAUUCAACGCUACGAUAAACUUUUGCAUUCAAUGCGCAACCUGAGCGCCAGUUUCGAAACGCCAAGAAGUUCACCGGACAAAAUGGAAAAGCAGCCAGAAACUGUACCUGUAUUGACCAGCAUAGGAGCAAAAAGCUCUGUUAGAUCAAUCACCAGCUUGUUCGAGACCAAAUCGGUCACCACUGCGUCCUCGAAUUCCCGAUUUUAUGCGGAAGAAAAUCCGUGGAGAAGGGCUCGCAGAAUUGAUGCAGCCAACUACGAAGCAUUUCGAACCGUGGAAAUAUCCUCAAUGCCCGAAACAAGAUCGCGCGCUAGAGAAAAAGUAGAAAUCACAGAACCUCAAUUCUCAACAGUAAUCUCUAUUCCAGUAAUUCGGGAAGACGAACAUGGACAAGGAAGUUCGAGAGCAGCCAGAAGCACAUCCCAACAAGCACCAAUAAGGACAGAAGAGACGAUAAACUCGGACGUCAAAAGUCAAGUAUCCGCUAUCCUUGAUAUCUUGCGGCACCGAUCAUCCCCAAGAGAUAUCCAUUUCGAUACAGCGGAAACCAAAAUGUUUAAUUCGAACACGGAAAUAUCGCAAUUAACACACGGACAGUCAUCUGAAAAAGUAAAACCUUACCGAUCAGAAAAAACCGAAAUCAGCGAAUCACUGACCGUUAAAAGAGAAACUAGAUACCAAAAGCUCAGCUCUGCAACGAAAGAAACAAGGGCUCGCGAACCGUACCAUUCAAUCGGAAGCGGCGAAGAAUCACAGAACACCGUGACCCAGAAUUUUCACCAUACCAUAUCUAUCGAUCAGCGUGUAAGGAAAGCGAAAUUGGAGCGUUUUCACGUUGAAAGCUCCCGGAACAGAAAACUGCAGGCACUGAGAAUACCAUCUGAACCGCCGCCAGAAGCUUCAAAAGGCGUUACAAAGGACGACUUCUACGAGCUUCAAAAAGCAUACCCCAGAAUUACUUCAACUUAUACAAUCGCUGAGCAGCCCGCGGGAACAACAAAAUCGCCCCAACAGUUGCACCAAAAGACAAGCGAAAUCUAUACAAAAGAGAAACCCGGGGAAAAAAGUGCCGCAUCUGAAAUUUUCCGUUUAACGACAUCAAAAGCAGAAGCAAUACUGCUGAGCAUCAUAAGUUUAAUAUUGAAACACCGAAACAACGGCGAAUAACAACCACGCUAAUCUUAGCUGAAGACAUUAAAACCAAGGCAGCAAAAGUGCUGUAGAAGUACAUAGACAGACUACGGCCGAAGCCGUCGACGUUCAAUCAGUUGACCAGCAGAAAUUCACUCCUGUCCUCAUUCCAGCAGAAGUCACACCAACACAGCCGGGCAUCAGUGCCGUCCGUGAAGAACUGGAACUGAUCGGCAGUGAACGGUUUGCACCGGAACUGGUGGCGCCGAUCAGCGUGCACGAUGUCACAACGACACCAGCUGAACCGACAGUUACACCGCGUCCCGUCGACGAGCGCAUUGAACACCGUGUUACUCCGAAAGACGAGACGGUCGAAGAGGAGAAAGUCGUGCCAGUCGUGCCUGUGACACCGACGACGGUUGUCGUGGAAGAAGAGCACCUACGACAGGCUGUGCGCGAUACCUUCGACAUUGAGUCGGUUGACCAGCAGAAAUUCACUCCUGUCCUCAUCCCAGCAGAAGUCACACCAACACAGCCGGGCAUCAGUGCCGUCCGUGAAGAACUGGAACUGAUCGGCAGUGAACGGUUUGCACCGGAACUGGUGGCGCCGAUCAGCGUGCACGAUGUCACAACGACACCAGCUGAACCGACAGUUACACCGCGUCCCGUCGACGAGCGCAUUGAACACCGUGUUACUCCGAAAGACGAGACGGUCGA